ACUAACUUAUUGAGUGUGAUACAAUUUGCCUUUCUAAAUCGUGCGUUGAUCGCUUCUGGGGAAAAGAAAAUGUGCCCAUUGAGGAUUAUUCUGAUAUUUCUCUCUGCUACUCUCGCCGGAUUUUUCGUUGUAAGAAACUUCAAAUCACGGCCCCUUAUCACCGACGACAAUGAUUCCGACGAAUCUUCCACUAAUGAUCGUCCAUUUCCCUCCAAGGUUCGAUCUGCAAUAGAAUCUGGAUUUUGGACCUGCGUGGACAUGGCGAGUGGACGAUACCUGUGGAGGCAUUUGGUUUCUUCUCCUUCUCCGUCGUCUUCGUCUUCUUCUCCUAAGCGUUCUAAUUGAUGGUUUGUUGUUCAGGUUUGCUUUUGCUUCAAUUUGUAGCAGAUGAUUUCCAUGUAUCAUUUGUAAUGUUGUAAUUGAAUUCAAAAUGGUACUUCUUGUUGUUGUUACUGAUGUUGGUUGUAAUUGAACCUCUGCUUUUGCUUCUACAGAAUCUGCUGCUUUUCUCUUUUGCUUUA